AUGGGUCGCGUUCGUACCAAGACUGUUAAGAAGUCCGCCAAGGUCAUUAUCGAGAGAUAUUACCCAAAGUUGACUCUCGAUUUCGAGACCAACAAGAGAAUCUGUGAUGAGAUCGCCAUCAUUGCUUCCAAGAGACUCCGCAACAAGAUUGCCGGUUACACCACCCAUUUGAUGAAGCGUAUUCAACGUGGACCAGUCCGUGGUAUCUCCUUCAAGCUCCAAGAAGAGGAGAGAGAACGUAAGGAUCAAUACGUUCCAGAGGUUUCUGCUCUCGAUGUUUCCAGCACUGAGAGCGGACAACUCGAGGUCGACGUCGAGACAAAGGAUCUCCUCAAGUCCCUUGGUUUCGAUUCUAUCCCAUGCAACGUCACCCCAGUCACUCAAGCACAAACCACCGAGCGUGGACCAAGACGAUUCGGCGACAGACCUGCCCGCAGAGAAUAA